AUGAUAGCUGGGGACGCUCAGCAGCACAGCGACUCUCCCUCCUGUGCGGUGUCUGUCACUGCUGGUUAUGGCGCGUUUGCUCUGGUUGAAGGGACGGAAGGUUUCCGGUUAGGAGAUGAUCUGGAGCCUACACAGGUUGUGCACAUCGCCUGUCACUGCUGCAAAACCGCAAACACAUUAAUUUGCAGCAAAGGGCCGGACGGUGCUUGGCUGCUGCGCCACGCUCCCGCCACGGCUCGUACAUUGCCUGCUGCUUCUGGUCGUGAUAUUGAAGAUCAUGCUAACCCUACCCUGCUUGAAACUGGAGGGGAUCUUGGACAUGGAACUGGCGGAGCCACGGAUGGAGACAGCUGGGCCACGGAUCCCGAGAAGAAGCGGGGGCAGGAGGGCUCUGUCAAAGUAGCCAUGCAUUCGCCAUCCGACAGUAGCAGCCAGCAAACAAGUGGCAGCUUGGGUGAAAAAGAAGGCGGUGACGUAGGCGCUCCACAAGAGCGUCAGCCGGGGGCUCUACCUCGAGAGGCUGUUCAGCCAGUAGCGGCGGCAGCAGCUGUGGUGGCAGGAACUUCAGUCUUGGCAAUAGCAGCGCCGGAACCGAAGCGCGAUGCUACCAAGGCCACCAGUAGGUUGCGCCUUUUGGCAAGGAACUCGAAUUCUUCCACUUGCUCCUCGUGGGAAGGAGACCCUCGGGCAGUAGAUGAGCCCUCCAGCCCCCCGUUGGGUGUCCCGGUUCCCAUCCAGACUACUCCUAAUAAUAAGUUCACACCGCCGGCGACUUUAAGUCGAGAGCAGCAGAAAGAUCAGCAGCAAUUGUAUCAUCCGGGGACGCAGAAGGCAUCGAAGGCAGUGCUCCCGCAGCAGCAUCCAAGUGCAGCUCGGAGUUGUAGCUCCAGCAGUCGUAAGAGUCAACAGAUCCAUGAGGAAGUGAUUCAACAAGGCGUCGCUGGAGUGGAUGAGCAUCAGCAUCACUGCAGUGGCUGCAGAGACACUCGGAAGAAGGCCCACAGCGACGGGGAAACCUCUGAAGGCAGCCUGAAGCUGGCUGCUAUCAAGGAGCUGCAGCAGUCACCGAAGCCAAAGCAGCCGCCUCACCUGGAGGCAGUGCCACAAGGAGCUGAGGGGGAAGCACGACAGUGCACCGCGACGGGCAGCAGUUGCACGGAGAACGGCGGGAGCAGCGGCAGCAAUCGCAGCCAUAGCAGCAAGCAGGCACAACAGGGCUCCACCAUUGCGGCCAUGGCCCCCUAUAUGUUAACGCGCGAGUGUGAGGGGGACGGAAAUUGUCUCUACCGCGCCUUCUCGGAUCAGCUUUACGGGUCUCAGGAGCACCACUUGUUCUUGCGAAGGCUUGCUGUUGAUGUAAUGUUGAGAUGUAAGGACACCUUCGAGGCCUUUGUGGAUGAGAGCGAGGGCCCGUUCGAGCGAUGGCUGCAGACCAAAAGAACCUAUGGAGAAUGGGCAGACUACAGGGAGAUGCACGCAUUAUUGCUGCUGUUUGGCACCCCAAUUUUCGUCUUUGACGAACACCUUCAGUUACUGCAGGCCUUUGAGCCAGAUGCAGAGAAGAGGAGGCCUCCAAGCCAAGAGGGCGAGAUCCAUACUCCUUUCCGACUCAUGUGGCACGGAAAACUAGGCCACUACACUUCACUCCAUUACGUGAAGGAAGGCUUCCCGAUAGCUCGUGGACAUACGAUUGGCGAGCUGGAGGCGGAGGGAUUAGCACGUCUGGUCCUGUCUGUUGCCUCGGGAGGCUCCUCGGACAGCUCAGGAAGAGAUGUAGCUUCCAAGUCAUCCACAGACCCUGCUGGGACCCCUGCGGGUCUUGAAGAGGAGGCCCUGGCUGAAUGUCUGCAGGUAAGUGCACAGGACCUGGCCGGCAUCGCAGCUGAGCAGGAGGUCAUUCUUGCUACCAUAAAGAAACAGCGGCUGCAACAGCUGGUACCGCAGACCACGAAGAUUGUGAAUGAGCUUUGGAGAGAAGCAAAGAAGGAGCAGGAGGCCUGGACGACCCGCAUGGCCAAGGGCGUGAGGUGUCCUCCAUUGGUACCGUCUGCGAUGGACUCAUCACAGCGCCACAGCAUGGUUGGGAAUUUCACGGAGAGGCGAUUAGCUCCUUCAGCGGUGGCAGCAUCUGCAGAAGCAGCAGACAACAGCACUACAAACGUGCACGCGUACGGCCACUCUGGCAGAGGCUACGCGGGGUCCUCUGGUGUCGCAGGCCCUCCUAUAGGUGCGCCCUGUGCAGGAAGUGGGGGGUCCCCUGGGGGGGAAUUACAGCAGACGGGGGGCCCUCCAGGAGGUCUUUGGCGUGAAAACCGCCCUGGCCAAAUUGUCAGAUAUGACAGGCCGCAGCAGCAGAUGUGGCAAGAGCAGCUGCGUGUGAGGCAGCAAGCUUCCGUUACAGCCUCGCCGCCUAUAGCGUGCCACAGCCAGGGACCGCCGGGACCCGUUCUCAUCGCAUCUUCAGUUGGGCCUGCUCUGGUCACGCCUACAGCGCAAGGGCUACGUGUGUCUACAACCCCCAGAAGCUUUGCCUACACUCAUCAUUUAGCUCCCCACAAUGAAGUUGUUGAGCAGCAGCUUCACUACGUGCGACUGCCGGAAGGCCGACUUGUCCUGGCCCCCAGCGGGGUCCUCGGACCCGCUCGGCAUGCCACGCUUCAGCAGCAACGUCAGUCGGGCCAACAGCCCGCGCAGCUUCUGCCUGCAAGAGCAGCAGCUGCAAACGGGCAGCGGCAAAGCGCCAGCAGCAGCAGCAAUAGCCAAAAGGACGAGGUUCCCUGGUUCGUGGGAUGGUUGGGCAAUGGCAACAAAAGUCACGGAAGGUAA